AAUCUGUACUAUAAACACAUCAAUCCUACAAUCAUCCCUGCAGUAUGCAUUACCUCGACUGCUUCCUCCAUCUUGACAGCGAGACAGCUCCAGUGUGUCGUGCGCGCUUCCUUCCGGUUACCCUCGCCGACCUCCACUCCUCAACCAAUGACCCCUCCCCGUCUGACACCUCCGCCUCCUUGUACUCACCUCCUGCCUGCUUGGUGGGCGUCGUGCCGUGGGGCUCCUGGAUGUCUUGAUACUCAGGCUUUGUCAGUCAUGGCUUUUACGGCGACGGCGGGAUUGGGAUUUCUCCUCCUGGCCUCCUUGGUGUCGCUGUGCUGGGCUCGCUCGGACGCACCCCGCGGGGUGGCGCAGGGCUUUGUCUUUGACCCCAAGGCGACGUGCGAGCCCCGAUGUGCACAUGCCGGAGUGUGCAUUCGCAACGACACCUGUCUCUGCUCCAGAGGAUACGAGGGCGACUACUGCCAGUAUGCCAACUGCUAUCCUAAAUGUAAGAACGGAGGCGUGUGUCUUCGUCCUGGAAAAUGCCGCUGUCCUCCAGGGUUUGGAGGGAGGUACUGUCACAAAGUGACGUGCGAUGGUGGAUGUUGGAAUGGAGGCGAAUGCAAUGCCGUCAACGGAGUGGCUAGGUGCAUCUGCCCCUCCAGCUGGACGGGGUCCAAAUGCCAAGAGGCCAUUUGCCCCCAAGGCUGCAGGAACGCGGGUCUCUGUGUGGCCCCUGGAAUCUGCAACUGUCCUGAAGGCUGGCUGGGCGGAGCCUGCCACAUUGCUGAGUGCACUCUGCCGUGCCUGAAUGGAGGGAAGUGUAUUUCGCCCAACAAAUGCCGCUGUCGCCCCCCGUACUUGGGCCCUCGCUGUGAGGAGAGGAAGAGACGCCACUAGGGUGGUCACGGAGGUGCUCGGGACGGGAGGUCAAUGUAGAUUAGACCAAUUAUUUACUUUUCAAUCGGCCGUCUUUCUUAUUAUUGUGGAGACAUUGCUUUGUGUUUCUCUAUGUGUGUGUCAUUUGUGUCAUUAAACCAU